GCCGUGGAGUUGCUUAAACACACAACAGCCAUGGCGUAGGGUAACUAUUCAGUGGAUUGGGUUCAUGGUGAUGUGAAGCUCCUGGUUGUUUGAGGGUCAAGGGUUUUUGAGGGGUUUAGUAAAUGCAUAAUUUUCACAAGAACAACCAUCUUCUGCGAGUAUCAUACUAAAGAAGGAGAUUCUUCAGUUCGCAAUUGUUGUGUUUUUCAGGAUCUUGGAAUUGUUCUCAGUUUUGAAGUUAUUGUGAGUUGAAGCAAGUGGGUUUUCAGAGGAAUUUGCAGCUCUUGUCAAUUCUACUUAAAAGUUGAAUCUUGUUCUGAACUGGGGCAACGACGAAGUUUGGAAUAGCAAACCUCAUGAAAAUGUAGUUGCGCUAGAUUGAAUUGACGGGUAGUGAGGGGUGAAAAUCUUGACCCUGAUACCAGGAUGGCGCUGUGCGUGGGAGUUAGUAGCUGUGCCCACAUUCCUGGUGGAGCCUUCUCCUACAGCGACGUCAGGUAUUGCGGCCCCAGGUUGAGAAUUGUGUGCGCGAUUCAAAGCCGAGAAGAUGCCGCUCGAAAUACCUUGAAAGCUCUCAAAUCUCAGAAUCACCGCCCUAAGAAAUGGCUUGGACAACAUUACAUGCUAAACGACCAAGUGAAUAUUGACAUGGUUGAGGCUGCGAAGAUUCAACCAGGCGAUCUUGUACUGGAAAUAGGUCCUGGAACGGGCUCUUUGACCAAUGCUCUUGUAGAGGCUGGAGCCGACAUUAUUGCUGUAGAAAAGGAUCCCGACAUGGCUGCGUUGAUUACUGAACGGUUUGGGCACUGUGGUCAAGUUGAGAUCAUCAAUGAGGACUUCGUGAAAUGGCCAGCGGCCCUGUACAUGCAACAAGCUUUAAGAAAACGCUUUGGAGAAUCAGAGCCUCCUCCCAGAGCCAAGGUGAUAGCCAACUUGCCUUUCAACAUCACCACCCAAGUUGUGAAACAGCUUCUUCCUCUUGGAUGUACAUUUUCCCAUAUUAUCCUUCUUCUGCAGGACGAAGCUGCGAUCCGGCUUGUGGACGCCUCUCCUGAUGCUGAGGAGUAUCGACCCAUCAGCAUUCUUAUCAAUUUCUUUUCAGUUCCAGAAUACAAAUUUAGAGUUGAGCGCGACAAUUUUUUGCCACCACCAAAAGUAGAUGCGGGUGUGGUGUCAUUUGCCCUUAAGCAAGAGUCAGAAUACCCUCAGGUCUCAUCAAUCAAAUCUUUUUUCACUAUGGUUAACUCAGCAUUCAAUGGGAAGCGUAAGAUGCUCCGAAAGUCGCUGCAACAUCUUCACAGCCCUGAAGCCACAAAGUCUGCAUUGACGUCAAUAGGCCUCUUGGAAACUGCGAGGCCAGAAGAGCUGACGUUAGAUCAAUUCGUGGCGCUGCACAAUACCUUGAAUGAUCCAGAGACCAUUUAAUGGAUCUCGCAUUCGUAACAAGCUUUUCGCACAGCGACCACAAACGGAGAUCUGCACAUAAGGUCCAAUUUUACUCGGGGUAUUAUCGCUACGAAGUUGGGCUAGAUGAGGAUUGUACUUCAGAUACGAUUUGGCGCCAGAAAUAGAGAUAUGGAACUUGAGCAGUGUACAAUGAUUUUUUUAUUCUAGCUUCCUCAUUCUGAAACUCUCUCCUCGGAUGUAGACGUUUUAACCCUUUUCAUGCAGACUGCUUUUUUGCUUUCGAUACCUUGCGUUUCGUAAUAGAAUAUUUGUUUGAUACCCCAAUCUCCCGUCCAGGCCGGGGCUUCACCAAUUAUGACAAAGUAGAGCUGUGUGCUGCCCUUCGUCUAUAUAUUUUUUCUCAAGAGUUUCA